UCCCCAUGUCCUUGUUUCCCUUUUAAUUUAUUAUUUCCAUUUCCUCUUCCAAAUUAAAAAAAAAAAUAAAAAAAUUCAAAAACCAUUUCAUUUCAGCAGUCUCAGCUUUCGCACCAAAUUUGAUCGGAAAUUAAAAAUUGAAAAUCUUCUUCAUUCUUCCUUUUUUUUUUUCGAGGUAAUUAAAGGAAGGUGAAGGUUCUGUGUAGUGGAGAAGAGAAAUAGAAGUUGCUACUGAGUUGUCUGUCGUUCGUUGUGGGGUUUUAGUCCUUGCGUUUUCUUGAGAUUUACGUUAAAUAUGGAGUGUUGAAAAGUUUAAAACUUGACUAGAGAGACCUUUUGCAAACCUCCUCCGUUCGUUAUUCAAAGGCUCCAGCUAGCUUCUGCUUAUUGAUUUGGAUGCUGUUAUUCUUCUUCUGUUCAUUUUUUUCCCUCUUUGCCGCGUUAAAGCUCGACUCUUUUUAGUCAUUGAGAGAAAGCAAGUUGUAGACUCUAAAAAGUUUGAGAGGAACCCAAAACGAAAAGAUAUUCUAAUGGUGCUUUAAUGUCCAUGGCCUCGGUCUAAGUGUUAAAGCAUAUUGUUUGCUAGCUUUUAUCUUUCAUUCCUUCAACACGCUCAUCAUCAUCAUCAUAACCCCAUAUCUUUAUUGUCUUCUUUUUUAGCUUUUUUAAUUUGGGAUCACUUAGAAUUUUCAAUAGCAUCAUAAUCUGUAGUUUCUUUUGCAGAUGGAAUCAGUGAAACCUUCAGCUAUGACUCCAGCCAAGAGUAAAUUGGCACGUACGUUUGCUAAAGUUCUUCAUAUUCGAGCUGUAUCUGGGGUUGCUCCGGUUGAUGGAGUUCAGAAAGUUAAGCCUCAGGAGAAGGUGAUCAAAGAUGGUCAGAAGCCUGUUAAGAGUAAAGGUAGUUGGUCUCAGUUAUUUGACAAGGAUGAUAAAGAUGAUGAAUACAAAGUGGCCAUGGAAGCUCUUCUUGCAAAGAUUUUUGCGACCAUUUCUUCUGUUAAAGCUGCGUAUAGUCAAUUACAAUACGCUCAGUCUCCUUAUGAUGCCGAGUGUAUUCAAUCUGCUGAUUAUUCGGUAGUUAAGGAGUUGAAGAAUUUGUCUGAAUUGAAGCAGUGUUACUUUAAGAAACAGUUCGAUUUUUCACCAGAGAAAACUUUGGUUUCUGCUGAAAUUCAGGAGUUGAAAAGUCUUUUAAAGACUUAUGAAAUCAUGGGAAAGAAGUUAGAAUUUCAGCUGAGGCUCAAGGACUCUGAAAUCAUAUUUCUUAAAGAGAAGUUAGAGGAAAACAAUAAACAAAACAAGUUAAUAGAGAAGAGAUUAAAUCAAAGUGGUCAGUUAUCUAUGCUUGAUAAUCUUCACUUCUCAGGGUUGAGUCCUAGUCAUUUCAUUACAGUUCUUCGGCAUGCUGUGAAAUCUAUCCGAGGCUUUGUCCGGUUGAUGAUUGAUGAGAUGAAAACUGCCGGUUGGGAUAUUGACGCAGCAGCCAAUUCAAUCCAACCAAAUGUGGUGUAUUAUAAAGCUGAUCACAAAUGUUUUGCAUUUGAAUCCUUUGUUUGCAGGGAAUUGUUCAACGCUUUUCAUUACCCCAAUUACUCCCCAGCAAACGAGUCUUUGCCAGAGAGAAAGAAAAAAAAGCAACAGCUGUUCUUUGAGAGAUUCACAGAACUAAAAUCUGUGAAAGCAAAGGAUUACCUUUCAAGGAAGCCUAAAUCAUCGUUUGCGAAAUUUUGCCGGGUCAAGUACUUGCAAGUGAUUCACCCAAAGAUGGAAUCAUCAUUUUUUGGCAAUCUUAACCACAGGAACCUUGUGAAUUCUGGUGAAUUUCCAGACACUGGAUUCUUUGCCUCAUUUGCAGAAAUGGCAAAACGGGUUUGGCUCCUACAUUGCUUAGCCUUUUCAUUCCAGCCAGAGGCCGCAAUCUUUCAAGUAAACAAAGGGACUCGAUUCUCAGAAGUCUACAUGGAAAGCUUAGAUGAUGAAGCCUUCCUUCCAUCAGACAAAACACAAGAAUCUGACACUCGAGUGGCUUUCACAGUUGUUCCAGGCUUCAGGAUUGGUAAAACUGUUCUACAGUGCCAGGUUUAUCUAUCCCAGUUUCAAACUAAUCCCAACCACUAAUCACCCAUUGGACCCACAGCCUAAAACAUUGAUUGACUGGAAGGCCAUACUCAUGGGAGAAAUCUUGGUUGUGAACAAUCUACAUGUGUAUCCGUCGAAUGAGAGGGCACCACGUCAGCACGAAUGACAUGGAAUCGCUCCCUUAUUGAUUGGAUACAUUGCAUCCGUUCGCAUCCAAGAUUUUCCCCAUAGUUUUGAUAUUUGUUUACAUAAAUUAAUGAUCAGACAAAUGGGGUUGCCUGGUUGAUAAGUGUGAUGUGGGCACUCUUAAGACUUGGUUACCUGGGAUUUUGUCCCUUUGUUUAUGUGGCCUUUGAGAAAAGAAACCGCGUAGACUGAAUGAAUCAUUUUAGUUUUAUCAUGUAAGAGAACUUCCUGCCAAAUUUUGUUGAUAUUAGGCCAAUGACAGUGGGAUGUUAGCUGUUUUACAUCAUUACUUUAUAAUUGUAUUGAUGUUUUUAAUGUAGAUAUUGAUUUAUUUUACA